AUGAGCAAAUUCAAAAAUGGCCUUGCUGUUGACCGCGACAUAGACGACCCAAUGCGUCGUCCACGUCCAGUCUCUCAGGAAGGUUACUAUUACCCUCCUGAACACGUCGACUCGCAAAAUGGUCGAUACCAGCUACAUGCUAUGCGUCAAUAUGGUUCUUCUGCGUCGCUAGAAGUACGAAAAGAAUAUAACAAAGAACAACGAGAACGCGAUUUCUUCCCAUCUCAAUCACCCCCACAACAAUAUAAUGGAUCGAGCAGCGCUUUUGGGCAUGAGAGUGUUCUCAGUGCACGCGCACCCUCUGUAUUUUCGGAUUACGAUGUGUCCGACUAUUAUUACUCCACGAGGAAUUCGAGUUUACAGACUGAGACAAUGGCAAAUUCCGAGACACCAUAUGGCGACACACUCUUCCCACCAGAGAAUGGAAGUUCGUCGCCGUCGUCGUUAUUGGUCCCACAGCAAACAAAUGGCCAACGGCAAAUGCCAAAUCCUGCAAGUCAAUACCAAUACGAAUCACAAUACUAUAGCCCUUCGUCGCCUAAUUCUAACCUCAAUUAUCCCUUACACUCUCAAACAGCCUCUUCUCUGUCCUCGAAUACGACAGACAACAUGGGUCCUAUACCUGCAAGGAACAGUUCUAGACAGGUUCGUGAUGCAGGAAACAAAAAAAAAUCGCCAAUUCGUAAUCAGGAAUCGUUGACAGAUCCAUUCGUGA